CAAAGACAUUGUUUCAGACCGGGGACCUCAGUUUGCAUCACGGUUCUGGGGGGAGUUCUGCCGACUCAUUGGAGCCAAGGCCAGCCUGACAUCAGGAUAUCAUCCGGAAGCCAACGGCCAGACCGAACGACUUAACCAGCAGCUGGAAACCGGCCUCCGGUGCUUGGUCUGCCAGAACCCCUCCACAUGGAGCAAACACCUGGUCUGGGGUACCAGCCCCCUCUCUUUCCAGAGAAUGAGUCAGAAGUGUCGGUCCCCUCCGCCCAUGCCAUGGUCCGACGUUGUCACCGCAUUUGGGCAGCCGCCCGUCAAGUAUUGAUCAGACAGCGAGAUCGGAUGAAGAGAGCGGCAGACCGCAAGAGACGACCUGCACCUAAGUACCAACCUGGUCAGAGAGUCUGGCUUUCAGCCAAGGACCUACAUCUCAAGGUCACAUCAAAGAAACUGGCACCCCGCUUUGUAGGUCCAUUCCCAAUUACCAAGCUCGUCGGACCUGCAGCGGUUCGGCUUCGUCUGCCCCGAUCCCUCCGCGCCUAUCCCACCUUCCACGUCAGUCAGGUCAAACCAGUCAAAGAAAGCCCCAUGGUCCCACCCACCACGUCCCCUCCACCACCCGAAGUAAUUGAAGGUGGAGCAGUAUACAAAGUUAAACGCUUGUUGGCAGUACGCAACCGGGGCCGGGGCAGACAAUUCCUGGUAGAUUGGGAAGGAUACGGACCUGAAGAGAGACAGUGGGUUCCUUCCCGCCACAUUGUCGACCCCACUCUCAUCAGGGACUUCUACAGAGACCACCCUGAACAGUCUGGGCCGUCGAGAGUCGGCCAUAGAAGGGGGGGUACUGUCACAUCGUGGUGAGGGAAGUCCUGUUUUGGGGUUGUCUGGCAAACUUCCUGUUUUAUUUUGAAAAUUCUAAUCCUCCUCUCGUUUCAGGCCACUUGCCCUUCCUCCUGUGUCACUGGUCUGAUGUCUCUCCUGAUUGCCUGAUUGUGUCCACCUGUGUCACCCUCCCUCAUGUGUAUAUAGUCCUCGUCUUCCCCUGUCUUGUUGCCAGAGUAUAUCGUCUCGCUACGUACCUCCAGCCUUGUCCACAGCCUUGAUAAGUAUUGUCUCGCUUUAUUUAUUGAUUUCUUUGUUUCCUCUGAGAGAGUGAUUUUCUUUUGCUAAAGUUUUUUCGGCCUAGUCUUUUUGUAUCAAUUUUCAUAGUGCCUUGUCUUCUUUUUUUCCCUCCUUCUGGAGCGCUUUUAGUUUGCAAGCUUCUCGACUUCUUUUCAUGAGUGAAAUUAUCUUUUUGUAGAUUAUCAUAGAUUGUUGGUUUUUUGUUAUUAGACUUGUAUAGAAAUUUUGCUAUUGCCCUUUUCCUCCUUAUGGAGUGAUUUUCUGUUUAUUGCCUUAUGUCCUAUGCUACACAUCCUCUAG